CAUUAUUUAAUAUCACAAUUGCAUUUCCGCACGGUGUGGGAGAGGAGCGCUCUAGAGCUUUUCCCAUCGUCUCAAGUUGCCUUCACCAUACAAUUUGUUCCUUCAGCUGCCUAGAUACUACAGUCGUUCCCCAUUGUAGCCAAAACGCCUCCGGCGUGCUGCCAAAUCAGGGUCUCGGAUUCACGCUAUCAGAUCUAUCGAUAACGCAUGUGAACUUUGUUCCAGCUCGCCGUUCACCAUGGGACUUGCACGCGCAAAAAUGGGAUCUCUAUUCCGAAGUCUCGGCCUUUCCAAGCCAAUCGAGCCCAAUGCUGUCGAGGCUCGCAGUGAUGGCUUCGUCACCGCCAAAGGCCUGAACGCUCUCUUCACACCUACCACUGCCGAAGUCGACGGGGAAGAUUGCUUACACGACUGUCAGACAUGUACGAUCCAGUACCCGCGCAAAUUCGAUGUCGAGGAACAUGACGCCUUGUAUGGCGAAAUCAAGGGCUGGAGCCGUCAUUUGAUCGUGGCGACGGGCAAGACAGACUGGGUGCGGGAUGUUGAGGACGAGCGAGGAAGUGUCAUGGAAGCUGUGGGCAAACACAUCGGUGCUGUGAGCGGCGGACGGUUGAUGCUCAGUGCAAGCAACAUACCGGUGCAGGAUGUGCCUGGCAACCACGAUGGACCGUAUGGACACGACCGUCCCACCACUGUCCUCCUUCUCCCAUCCCUCACCUUCGUGGACAACGUCACUCCGAAACAUGUCCCGGAGUUUUUGAAAUCCAUCUUAAACAACGCGCCGACAAACACAACGCCUGUUUCGGAUGUUCCGCCGAUCGGCAACAGUGAAACCCCAGAGACGCUUCCUGCCGGUUUAUCGUUCCGCAAUUGCCCACACAAAUACCUCAUCUUGUUGUGCUCACAAGCAACCCGUGAUGCUCGGUGUGGGCAAUCCGCGCCACUGCUACGACGUGAAUUUGAGCGUCACCUGCGACCGCUAGGACUCUACCGCGACCUCCACGAUGAACGGCCUGGCGGAGUGGGAAUAUAUUUCAUCUCACAUGUCGGCGGUCACAAAUACAGUGCCAACAUGAUGGUAUACCGGCGGGCAGACAAGAGUCCUGUGGCGUCGACUGAUGCUACGCCUGUUGGCUCCACGAAGUCAUCGACGGCGCCUACUGCCGAAGCGGCACAGUGCAUAUGGUUGGCACGCGUGCGGCCGGAGGAUUGUGAGAACAUCAUCAGGUAUACUGUUCUGCAAGGCAAGGUCGUCAAGCCGGAGCGGCAACUCCGAGGCGGAUUUGAUAGACAGAAGGGGAUUGUCAGUUGGUGAUUGUCUCCGCACAAGCUGCUAUGGCCCCGAGCAAAGUCCUUCCACAUCCCCAAUAUAGACUAUAUCACACGUAAUUGCAAUUCGAAUUACAAACACAAUAGGGGUGCAAAAUUG